CGCUGAGCAUUGAUGUUGGUUGAUCCGUCAACUAUAGGUACACUGCCCAAAGCACCCGCUACAAAGUACAAGUCUACGUGCCCAACCCUUUCUCGACAGAUUCUUUCAACUCCCUAAACAAUCCCUCUCUCACACGCACCUGGCCUACCUCUCGAGGCGCCCCCUCGCUUCUUUUGCUCUAUAAAACAGGCUGUGGAGAAUUCACGUUGGCCCCUCUCGCCAAUCGCACAACGCUCGCGCGCUUACCGUCCUACCAACUUGCACCAUUGAUCACACCUCUCCUUACACAGACGCGCUUCGACCGACGCACCCAGCCGAGAACCCGUUCGCGAAUCUCCCCGGGGGGCGCCACAAGACGCUAUGGCGAACUGGUAUAGUAGCAUUGUCGGUGCGACGACAUCUAAGCUCUCCAACCUCCUGGGCGGCGAGGCGGACGGCGACACCGAAGACGACACCCACGUGUGCAGAGUCCUCCGAUCAUACUAUACCGAGAAAGGCCGGCCCUUCCCCGGAUGGCUACCGCCCGAUCCCAAAGCACCUCCUCCCGUCGCCGCCGUGUACUCGCAGCCGUCGCAGGUCGGGUCGAGAUACGGAGGCCUGGCCCAACCACCUCAGGGCGGCUUAAGCUCGCUUUGGGACAACAACCCGGCGUCGCAACCGCAAGAUACGCAGAGCCUGAGGCGAGGUAGGGGUGCGCCGGCCUCAAUACGAAAUAACGACCCCAGAAACAGCCCGUUCCGCAAUUCGGACCCUAUGAUAGGGCGAGAGGAGGUGCAAGUGAGGCCGCUGCCCAGCCAGAGAGCUGGCAGCCACCAGAACGUGGGAGGCUACGGGAAAGACAGCGGGCCAGCCCCCACGGGUUCGUCUGGCAGUUCGGCACAGGACAGGCUUAAGCAGCGGCUCUUUGGUGGAAACAGGACCGUGAGUCCCACCGCGAACAGCCCCUUCAAUCCUCCGCCACAGCCGCAGGGCAGCUCGAGGGGAGGCAAGAACAACUACGGAGGCGGGGGCUCUGGCGACUACGAGGAGAGAUUCGCGCCCGGGGGGAUGUACGACGCCAACCCAGGUUCUAGUGGCGGCGGAGAGAGGCCCGGCGGCAGGCGACUGGGGGGCCUGCCCAGCGGCCCCCGGAUGAGAUGAUGGGCGACCGGGAGCGGACUAACACGAGGGUCCCCGUCCGAGGAUGUCGAGGAGGAUUUAACGGGGACCAGCAUCUCCCUAUUCGCACACCUCGCAGUCGUGAGUCACGUAGCAGGAAUACGAUGAGGCCAUAUCGCGAGCGAACUGGGCUGCAGCUGAGGCACUGUGUUCUUGGCACCGUAUCGAGGUUCUGCUCACCGCAUCUAGCUACGCCGCUCUCCCGACUCCUACGGCCCCGGUCCCCACCCAUAAGCCCGGGGUUACGAGGC